AUGCCGACGUUGGAUUUCACCACGGCCAACGCCGCCGUCGGGGGCGCGGUGUCAAGGUACUUCCUCCGGAUCGAUCACUACUGGGACGAAGACAAGAUAAACCCCAAUGCCCAGUCGUUGAAGACCCCCUCUUUCAACGCUGGGGAUUGCAACUGGCGCAUCUACUGCUACCCCAGAGGUUCCCCCGCCUACAUCUCCUCUGCAGAUUACAUGUCCAUCUUCAUUGCUCUCGACGCCAGAGUCGCCAAACCUGUCAGAGCACAUGCUAGGUUCAGUUUGCUAGACCGGGACGGGGAACCAGUGCCGGGUUACUCUGUCUGCACAGACGUAAGGGAGUACUCUCGAGUUGGCGACCGGCACGGCUGUGAUGUUUUCAUCCGGAAGGGGUGUUUGGAGAAGAUGGCGUCGGAGUAUCACGUGGACGUCGACUGCUUCACUAUCGUGUGCGACGUCUCCGUGUACAGGGCACCGCCGCUGUCCAACCUGCAGCAGCAGCAUCUCUUGGACACUGACACCGACGUCAUGUUCCAAGUUGCCGGAGAGACGUUCAGCGCCCACAAGUGUGUUCUUGCAGCAAGGUCGCCGGUCUUUAAGGCAGAGCUCACUAGAGGCGCCACAGCAGCAGGGGUUUCUUGCAUUCGGAUCAAUGAUAUGCUACCUCAGGUUGACAUGCAGGAACUCAAACUGAUUUGUGAGGAGAAACUGAUCAGAGAACUGAACGAGAAUACUGCUGCAAAAAUACUCAAGUUAGCUGUACAGAACCACUCCAGCUUUCUUAGGGAGGCUUGCUUUGUGUUCCUCUCAGAUCCUCCUGUACUGGAAGCUGCCAUGGCAAUGGAUGAUGGACUAUUGGAGCAGGUGGCUAAAAUUUGUCCAGCGCUUUUGAAGAAGAUGUGGGCUUAUGAGGAUGACCCUAUGCAAGACGAGUUGGAUAUGUGCCUGACUGUCUGUGAUGAAUUUCUUGCAGUGAUCUAA